AUGUCCUCGUCGUCCGAUGCCCCCGGGAAGAAGGACGGCCCGUCGGCCAAUCCCUCGGCCCCAUCGGGCUUCGCGGUGCCCGAGACCAAAGCCCCCGGCGGCCUGAGCCAGGAUGACUUCCGCCGAAUUCUCAUGACCCCCUCGGCGGCCUCCCUGGCCCCGCCACAUGCCCGGCGCAAGGCCCUCGAUGCACAGCGCGAGGCCGCUGAGCGCGAAAUGAAUGAGAAGCUUCGGCGCAAGUACGGCACCCUCGGGGCGUCGGAGCGCGCCGCGGCCGAGACCUCCACCGACCCGAUCGUCCAGCGCAUCGUGGCACAGGCCCUGCGCGGCCAGCAGCAGCAACAGCAGCAAGCCCCACAGGCCCCGGGGGUGGAUACCGGCUCCAGCCUCGCCAUGUUGCCGAAGGACCGCGUCCGGCGGACCUACCUCACGUACAACCUGGCUCCUGGUCAAUCCCAGGAGGAGGAGGACGCCGGGGGGGACCACGUGAAUGCGGUCCCCGUGUCGCUGGUCCGCUCGAACCUGGUCACCGACUCCCUGAGCGAGACGCUGGACAGCAUCAAUGAGCUGCUGAUCGAGCGCGUGUCGCAGUUGUUUUCGGCCGCCCGCCGGUCUGGGUCGGUUCCCGGGGGCGCCUCCUCGGCCUCGGAGCAGGGGGGCCGCGCGCGCGGCCCCGGCAGCCAGCUUGGCGUCAGCUCCCUGCAGCAGGCGACGGCCGCGGUGCGUCGUCGCCGGGAGGAGGAAGCCCGCGCGGCCCGCCGUGCCCAGGAGGAACAACAGGCCGCCGCCGCCGCCGCUGCUGCUGCUGCUGCUGCUGCCGAGAGGGAGGCUGCUGAGCGGGAGGCUGCCCAGAAGGCUGCCCCUCAGCCGGCCGACCAUGACGCCAUUGUCAGUCGCCUCCGGCGCCAACUGGGCAAUGGCUCGGAGGAGGACGACGCGCCGGGUCUGUUUGGUGAGGGGGGAGAUGACGACGAUGAUGACGACAUGUUCGCCCUACCGCCGGCCGGCGCGCCAGCUCCCGCACCCCCGAGUCUCCCAGCGACCCGGACCGGGCCCGGCACCCAUGCCGUUGAUGACGAACGCCGCGACAUCGACAUGAAGGAGGUCGAGCGCCGGGCACGCGAGGCGUUCGAUGCGUCACGCGGCUCGGCCGGGCUGUUUGCUUCGGACACCAGCCGGCCCGCGCCGGGCCGCGGCGCCGCUGCCUCGGACCCUGGCGCCGAGAAGAGCCGCCUCCAUCGCCUGAUUGCCUUCCAGCACCAGGGCCUGGCGGACGACGGCUCGGACUCGGAUGACGCGCACAUCCGUGACGAGAUGGACUUGCUGCAUGAGUCGGCCCGCGCGGCGUUGGAGAGCCGUGUGCAGCGCAGCCACGCGGCCGAUUACGAAGUGGAAAGCUCCCUGCAGGCCCAACUGCCGGAGGAUUUGGAGGAUGAGCCAAGUGGCGCCCCCUCGUCUGCCAAUCGGAUCCGCACGCGUGCCUCCUUCGCCAGCGACAUUGAAUACCGCGAGUAUGUGCGGAACUUGUCGCACUCGCAUCUCGAGCAAGCCGCCCAAACUCACGGGCUGGGCGGCCCAGCCGCCAGCGGCUCCAAGGCCAAGGUUGCCGCGCAGAAGGAACAACAGAAACUUGACCGCGAACUUGGCCAGGUAUCGGCCUACAUGGCCAGCAAGUAUGGCAAGGGCCUGGCAACUGGCGCCGAGGCUGACAAACGCCCACCCACCAAUGCCGAUCCCAAGGACACCGAGGAGGAUCCUUCGGCGGCUGGCGGCCACUCGCGCAAACGCAUCCGCCUGUAAAAUGGCCCGAGAGGGGAACUCUCCGCCGCCGCCGCCGUUGCCGCCGCCGC